CCGUCCCAGAGGACCAAUGACCGAGCCUGCCACGCGUGGCCUUGGGGCUGGGGCCAUGGACACCUUCAUCCGCUUCGCCAACCAGACCCAGGGCCGGGACCGACUCUUCAGAGCCACUCAAUACACAUGCAUGUUGCUUAGAUAUUUGUUAGAGCCCAAAGCUGGCAAAGACGUGCUAAUGAAGCUCAAGAAACUGGAGUCCAGUGUGAGCACUGGCCGUAAAUGGUUCCGGCUAGGCAACGUGGUCCAUGCUAUCCAGGCAACCGAGCAAAGCACCCAUGCCACUGACCUGGUGCCACGCUUAUGUCUGACAUUAGCUAACCUGAACCGUGUGGUUUAUUUCAUCUGCGACACCGUCCUCUGGGUGAAGAACGUUGGCCUCGCCUCUGGCAUCAGUAAAGAGAAGUGGCAGGUGCGGGCUGCCCGCCACUACUACUACUUCCUCCUGCUGAGCCUGGUCAGGGACCUGUAUGAAAUCUCCCUGCAGAUGGCCUGUGUGACGCACGAAAGGGCAAAGGGAGGGAAAUCAACAUCCGGGGAUCCUCUUGGGCACUGUGUGGCUGAUGAGGAGCCGGAAUGGCUCCAGUCCCUUCUUCUUCUCUUAUUCCGAUCCCUGAAGCGACAUCCUCCUUUGCUCCUGGACACAGUGAAGAACUUCUGUGACAUCCUGAUCCCCUUGGACCAGCUGGGGAUCUACAAGUCCAAUGCUGGCAUCAUUGGGCUCGGCGGUCUCGUGUCCUCGGUCGCAGGCAUUAUCACUGUGGCGUACCCUCACAUGAAGCUGAAGAUCCGCUAGGGCGGCUGCAGGCCGAGCUCCAGGGCCUGUUCUGAAGGUGACGUCUCAGUGGAACAGGUAUUGGCAUUAGUCACAAACCAUGUCGGGCUGCGAUAAAGUGUUUGUCUGCAUGAGUGUUUAGCAACCUAUAAUGGGAGCAGAGGUGAGGCCAGGAAUAGAGCACAAGCACAAAAAGUUUAUAAAGUGCUACCUCUGAAUAUUUUUCCUUCACGUAACAUUUCCUGAGCGUCUGUCUUGCAUGGUAGGAGCUUAGUGUCUAAGGGAUGAAUAAAAAUUGAAAAAGACCUAAUCAAGCUAAUAAGUGAACACUAAUGUGUAGUAUGGGUUGGGUUAUAUGGAUUGUUGGUUUCUUGUGCACCCAGCGCUGGGAUCCAACCAGUAGUAGCUCCUUUCCUUCCCCCUCAUUUAUUACCCCUCCUGUUUAGGUGUUGGAGCGGGGUGGAGGUGAGCUGGGCUGGAGCCCUUCUUCCCGAUGGCCCUGACUGUCUCUGCACGUUGUCUGAACCUAGUCAGGCACCUUCGUGGUGGAGAGGCGUCUGGGCAGAGAUCUUGGUGGUACAGCAAGCACGGAUCAGAAGUAGGUGAAGGAGAUUUGAGGGGAAAGUAGGUGGAAGGUCACGGCUGCCUGUUGCCUAGCCUGGAACAGAUAAGGAAAUUGACCCUGGAAAACAAACAAGACAGGUCAUCAUCUCCUUUCCCGACUUCCUCGACAGCGAGGCUGCAGAAUUCUGACCUUUUGCCUCUUAGCUCCCCAAGUUUGGAACUCUCGUUAGGGAUUUAUAUUCCAUAGCACAGAAAUUUAAACCAUCCAGAUUUAUCCAGAUUGUUUUUAUUUAAAGCCAUGUAACUAUUUGGGUGAUUCCAUAUUAAUUUUCAAGAAAAUUUAUGCAGUUAAAAAUUUCAUGAGUAUUUUGUGAAUGGUGGAAGAUUACUCUUCUGUGAUAAAUCAGACUUCUGGUCCCUAGGCUAGCUGGGGGAGGUGGAAAGGGCAGUCGGGGGCCAGUGAAAGGGACAUGGGGAUACUGAGUCAGUGACAUUUGCCUGUGCUCCUACUUCCCGUCUGGGGUGUUGGGUGGGUCUUUGUGAUUUGAGGUCCUUUUGCUUGAAGGAUGUGAAGUGGGGCAUGGGGUGCCAGACUGAUGUCAGCACCACCAAGAAAGCCAUAAUCAUAUUUAUCCUAAAGGAAAUGAGGAAAGAAUAUACACUGAUUAAGUUUCCCAUAAAUGUGAUUGAGAUUCUCGAAAAGUAGACUCAGGUCCUUGGUGCUCUGUUUUUGAAGUAAUCACAAUGUGCAAAUUGGAAAAGAACUUUGCAGGAAUUUUAAAGAGAAAUGAAAGCUGCUAGAGCAGGGCACAUAAUGUUUAAAUAACUCUUUUGCCCUUGUUCAGAUCCUCUAUGUAAGAGAUUAAUUAUGUUUAAUAAAUUUUUAGACAAAACUGA